AAGGACAGAAUGACGAUCUCAGCUGCCCUCCCAGGCUGGGCUUGUACCGCCCUCUGCUUGGCCUCCUGCUCGGCUGCCUUUUCUCAUGGCGCAAGCUCGGCAGCCUGUGUGGACAUGCAGCCCAAACACAUUCAAGUCCGGCCUCAGAACCCCGGAACCCACCACAUUAUCAUCCACACCAGCAACAAUUCCUACUCACCAGGUGACAAGGUUCCAGUGACUGUGAGGAGCAGUCGUGAUUUCAUGGGAUUUCUACUUCAGGCUCGAAGACUAUCUAAUCAGCAAAUAGUUGGCACUUUUGUUUUCAUUCCUCCUCAUUCCAAACUGAUGACUUGUUCUGAAGAGGCUGACGCAGUCACCCACUCUGACAAGUCCCUGAAGAGAAACCUAUCAUUCGUGUGGAAGGCUCCCACCCAGCCUGUGGGGGACAUCAGAUUCCUUUUAUCAGUAGUCCAGUCAUAUUUUGUUUACUGGGCAAGGAUUGAAUCAUCGGUUGUGUCUCAACAGACACACAGCGGAGCCCAUUCUGCCGGCCACACGGAGGCCCGCUCACUCACGCCAGCCCCUCAGCAGAGGCCAGGUGAUACUGAAGGAACAGCCCCAGCUCCCAGUGCCCCCAGCACUCUUCCGCAGCAGCACACAGAUGUCACUGCUGUUGGUCUAACUGGACAUACAGAAGAAGACCACCCGGAUCCUGUUCCUGCCAGUACUGGGGUGACAGAGUUUCCCAAGGGUACAGAGACUCUGCCCCAGCCAUCUUCACACACAGCUAUUGCAGGCAGCAAUGGCCAGCAACCCAGUGGGGAUAGCAAUCCAACCCUAGAACCAUCCCGGGAUGUCCGAGCACUGGAGAGGCUGGUCGCCCUCAGGAGGUUCCCCUCACAGGACUUUGCAUCCAGCCCUGGCACCCACCACAGGACUCAGGAUCAUCCAAGCUUUGGCUCAUCAGAAACUUGCUUGCCCUCUGAUUGGGAUGACCAGGACAAGACAGAGGCCUCUAAUAGAACUGUGAUGAGGCCUCCUCUGUACACUGUCCAUCCUUCCUACUCUUGCCACCUCUGGUCCUCUGGAGUGUUCACUGAAAACAGAGAUGGGGCAACCCACCCACCCCCUGUCUUCCACACCUCAGCCACUUCCAGGCACUCUGCUGCUGGCCAGUCAGAGGCAUCAAAACCGUCCGCCAGCUUCUUGCCUCAGUCAAAGCACGAGGACCCUGGGGUUGGGGAGGAGAAUGAACAGGGUGGUGUGGGAUACCCUAGGAAGACCAACCCAAGUUCUGAGGUUGGGCAAGAGGGAGCGAAUGCCCCUCUGGGCCUCCAGCUCAGGACGCCCCAGCUGGGACUCCUGCUUUGCCUUUCAGUCACCCUUGGCGUGGUGUUGGCUGCUGGCCUGCGCUACCUACACACCCAGUAUUGCCACAAGCGGACAGAAGCAUCCCUCGGUGAGCCUGCUGGUCAUGCCAUUGCCAGAAGGGACAGUGGUGAGACUGUGAGUGUCAGGAGGACAGGGGACAACAGUAUUGUUUUUGAUUCCAGCAGAAUACAACUGGAUCACUCCUUCCGUGGGUAG